CCGCGAAUCGGGUCGUUUAGACUCAUCAUCUCAGCCCUAAGCUCGUGGAGGGCGGCAAUGCCUGCUUACGUCAACCGAACCCCACAACCAUGCACCGUCGCCAACGGCAUCGAGACAAGUGGAUAACUGCUCUCAGCUCUCGUUUCAGCUCCGCGGUCAGAAGACAGCUGUGCCGCAACCACUGGCCGCAACCUCACAUAUAUUACUUCCAUCUGGAGCCUGCUUUUAGUUUCUUUGGAUAUUUAGCGACACUCACAACCGUAAAUAGAGCGGGCGUAACUGGUGGACAUCGAAGUACGACGGCAGUCAACGUGCCACACGACGUGCGUGUCUCGCAUGCGCUUCUCGCGAGCAUGCGAAGGAUCAGGAUCGAAUCCUGCUAGUCGGACGCGCGGAGUUUCGGAUCGGCCGAAAGCACGAGCAGGACGAACUCCAGGUUAUCGCCAUCAUCUAUUGCGGGACGUCGCCUGCUCCGCAA